AAAAGUUGCUGCUGUGCACAGAUUCAAUUCAAGUAAAGUUGCUGCGUUAGGUAAAUAAACAAAUCGAACCCUCGUGUGAUUCAGCGGCUUGUGGAACGGAAACGCAGCGAGAUAUCUGCAGCUGGUCUGAAUUCUUUCUUUUGCACACUUCAAUUUGCGACGAGCCGCCGCGAAGUUCGGUUCAGUGAAGAGCAGAUCUUUGCCGUGAAUAUGUCUACGCGUCAGAUGAUCUCGUGGCGCAUCUAUGUCUAUGCCAAUUCUCUGUACUCGGUGCAGCCAAGCGACAAGCGCGGCUUUCGCGAGUGGAGCCCCCAGGCGCUCAGAGACGAUCCAUGUGCGAUUCAUCGCAUUAUGGACUGGGUGAAUCGCGAUGCCUCCGUGCUCGUGCGCAGCAGCGAGGAGGAGAUGGUCAUAGCCUAUGAGGUGGUGCACGACAUGCUGGCGUUUGUCCCCAUGCGCAGCACCGAGUUCCAGGACGCGCUGCUAACCUUCUUUGGCGGCAAGACAAGUCACUUUGUGCACGAGUUGAUUAAUUUUGCACGCUCGCCGUACGACGAUCCAAUUGCCUACGAACUGAGCGUGCAGUAUCGCUCCAUGCGCCCUGAGCUGGUAGAAAUGCCUUGCACCUCGGCGGAGGCCCUGAAACGUCAGCAGGCCAAGGCGGAGCUGCAUAACUUUGUGCAGUUUGCCGCUCGCAUGGACAACGAUGAUUGUCUCAGCUUCGAGGCAGACAUGGAGCUCGAGGCGGAGGAUAGUUGUGCCAUCGAUGAGUUGGUUCUCGUUUCGCAAGCCAGGAUUGUCGGCCGUGCCCAGAUGGCAGAGUCGCAGCAGCCGCAGCAACAGCAGCAGCAGCAGGAGCCGCCGACAUUGCAGCAGCAACCGCCGACAUUGCAGCAGCAACCGCCGACAUCACAGCAGCCGCCAGUGCAGCCUUCGCCAUCACAGGAGCCGCCGACUCGUCAAAACAAUUCAUAUGCGGAUGCUGCCCUGCAGGAGGCUAUCGCCAGGAGCAUGCUGGAAACGGCUCAGAAUCAUCGUCGCGAUCGGGCGCCGCGUCGCUUCUGGUUCCAUCCGUCGGCACGCACCUCGGCACACUCGGCCUGGCCUGCUCAAUUGGCGACUCGCGGGACUUUGAAUCAUGGACCAGCUACAGCGCGCAGAGGUCGGCGCAAUGGUGCCAUGGAUCUGGUUUACGCUUUCCAUACGUAUGGCAUGGCCCCGCCGUAGGUUCGAAUGGGAGCCUAAUUUAACCUAGUUUUAAUUACAUUUCAUUAACACACACACACACACUACAGACAGACACAAUAGCCCCAGCCAUAUGGUACGAGUACGCACCCAUCAAUGAGGCCAACCAACCAGCCAACCAAUCCAAUUCCUCAUCAUUAAAAGGGUUCGACUGGCAUCAAAAAUUGAUAAACGUCCCUGCCCGAACUGGCCUCGAUGACACGGCAUUGGAUAACUGAUAAAACGGAUGGCCUGCCCCAUCAAUAAAAAAAAGGGACCGCCAAACGGUGUGCCAAAUAUGCCUUUAACGCAUAUUUUCGUGCACGGUCCUUUGUCUUAAUUUUUGUUGGAGAAUAAAAAAAAAAAGGUAGCUCCACGCCCCAAGCCCUCGCAUGUCACACGGCGACGAGUGCGGGCAACGGCUGGUUGGCAGCGCAUGAAAAAUUGAAUUACACGCACUUUUGCGCAUAAACGAGAGCUGAAAAAUAUAACAGCAAAAAUUUGAA